UCUGUCAUCAGUCCGAACCCGUCGGUCAGUGUGGAGCUGCUGCAGGAGGUCUCCAUGUCCCGGUAUAUUCCUCACCCCGGUCUGGUGGUGUCUGUGACCCUCACGUCAGUCCGGACAGAGACCGGCAUCACGCUCAAAGCCCCGCAGCAGGCCUGUUCAGCGGAGAGUAUCCUGUUGAAUUUGGCCGGUCAGCUGAUCAUGCUGCAGAGAGACCGAUCCGGCCCACAGGUACGAGAGAAAGACACGCCGGCCAAUCAGACGAAGCUGCUUCCGUUCUGUCCGCCGGUGGUUCUGGCUCAGUGCGUGGAGAACGUCUGGACCACCUGCCGCAGCAACCGCAAGAAACGCCACCUGAUGGAGGCUCUGUGGCUCUCAUGCGGCGAGGCGGGGAUGAAGGUGUGGCUUCCUCUGUUCCCGCGAGACCACCGCAAGCCGCACUCGUUCCUGUCGCGCCGGAUCAUGCUGCCCUUCCACAUCAACAUCUACCCGCUCACCGUGCUGUUCGAGGACGCGCUCAUCCUGGGUGCCUCCAACGAGGAGGACGCGCUCAUCCUGGGCGCCUCCAACGAGACCGUGCUGUUCGACGGGCCCGGCUCGUCCUCGCUGGAGGCGCUCUUCCCCUUCUGCACGGUGGAGCGGACGUCCCAGAUCUACCUCCAUCACAUCCUGAGACAGCUGCUGGUGCGUAACCUGGGCGAGCAGGCGCUGAUGCUGGCGCAGUCUUGUGCGAUGCUGCCAUACUUCCCUCACGUUCUGGAGCUGAUGGUGCAUGUGGUGCUGGAGGAGGAGGCCACGUCCCGAGAGCCCAUCCCCGACCCGCUGCUGCCCACCGUCGCAAAGUUCGUGACCGAGUUCCCGCUCUUCCUGCAGACCAUCGUGCACUGCGCGCGCAAGACCGAAUACGCGCUGUGGAACUACCUGUUUGCCGCCGUGGGGAACCCCAAAGACCUGUUCGAGGAGUGUCUGAUGGCACAGGAUCUGGACACAGCUGCAUCCUACCUGAUCAUCCUGCAGAAUAUGGAGGUCCCGGCGGUCAGCCGUCAACACGCCACUCUGCUCUUCAACACUGCUCUGGAACAGGGCAAAUGGGAUCUGUGUCGUCACAUGAUCCGCUUCCUCAAGGCCAUUGGUUCAGGGGAGAGCGAGACUCCGCCCAGCACACCCACCACACAGGAGCAGAGCUCCACGGGCGGCUUCGAGUUCUUCCGGAACCGCAGCAUCAGUCUGUCUCAGUCGGCUGACAGCAUCGCCGGCGGGAAGUUCAACCUGCAGAAGACCCUGAGCGUGCCAUCCGGCCCGUCCUCCAAAGGCGGAGAGCGCUGGUGUAAGGACAGUGACUCUGCGGAGAAUCUCUACAUUGAUGUGAUGCUGUGGCGUCAUGCGCGGCACCUGCUGGAGCAGGUCAGACUGCGGGAUCUGGGCUGUUUCUCCGCCCAGCUGGGCUUCGAGCUGAUUGGCUGGCUGUGUCGGGAGCGCAUGCGGGUGGCCCGGGUCGAUGACUUCGUUACCGCCCUCAAAUGCCUGCAUAAAGACUUUCUGUGGCCAUUUCCUGUAAUCCCAGCAUGCUCCAUUAACUCGCCGCUAAAGAAUGGACGUUGCCGUCCAGUGGAGGCCGGCUGUCUGGAGUGGUGUGUGCUCAUCGGUCUGAUCUUACGAGACGCCGGCGUCAUUAAGCAGGUCGUGGGGUUUUUGGACAGUCCAGAAGUCCCUCCAGAAACGGUCCAGAGCAUCCGAGCCGCCGAGGACGCCCGCGGGGCCGUGACGUCUGCUCACCCGCUGCCUCUGGACGGCCCCGCCGGAGCCAACGCCCGGCCCCUGGACGACACGCCGCAGGAGGAGGAGCCGCUGGAGGAGGGAUCGUACGACUGCACCCUCUCCUGA